AUGGCAUCUCAAGCCUCCGCUACUGCGUACGAUCGUUUAAUCUGCUCCUUACAAGAUCACGCUAAGUUGGGAGUCUACCGCAUUCGGCUGGACAAUAUUGAACACCCUCGGAUCCCUCAGAACCGGUUACCGAACGUCAGACGGCUCAAGGAAACCUUCCUCAUCCAAAAAUGCUUGCGCCAUAAUCCGCAGAACUACAUCACGGCGACAAUCCCGCACGACGUAUUUGCGCACCGCAGCUCGGUCAAGCAGGCAAGUGACGGGGUGGAUGAACUGUUACUUCGCGCAGAGGACAAAGUCUAUUGUUUGCAUGGAUCCUGCCGAAUUCAGGCCGCAAAAACAGUCCUGCGUGACGGAGAUCGUUGGUGGACAGUUACGCUUUAUAAAGAAAACAUUGGUGAGAUCCCGAGGUAG